AUGCAUAAUGGGAGAAAAGUUUCCGACUUCUAUGAAGAAGUUGGUGCAACCCCUAUCCGCAGAAAUGGACCAAGGCUUUGUGGGGAUGACGAGCGGAUACUGUUGAAUGUUGGUGGGGUCCGACACGAGACCCAUGUCGCCACCCUAAGGAAUAUACCCUGUACCCGACUGUGUAAGUUAGCAGAGCUUCACGUCAUAUCUGCAGACAGCAAGAGGGAUGAAUAUUUCUUUGACAGACACCCCUCAGUUUUCAACUCCGUAAUAGACUUCUACAGAACAGGAGAACUUCACGUUCCGUUAGAAGUAUGUGGAGCUGUGGUGAAGCGAGAGUUGGACUACUGGCAGGUAAACCAGUACUGCAUCAAAUCUUGUUGUUGGCGACAUUACCGUUCCUACAUUGAGAACAAAGCCAUACUCGACUCCUUCAACCGUAGUCUCGCGAAGGAGAGAGUAUUCGUCAAUAUAAAUGAAUAUGAAGGAUGGAAACGAUUUCAGAUGAAAAUUUGGCUGAUUCUAGAACACCCGAGGACAUCACGGGUUGCUAUGAUCUAUGGUAUCAUAUCCCUACUGUUUGUCAUCGUAUCAAUCCUGGGAUUCUGCCUGGAGUCACUGCCCAGUCUCCGACCAAUGAGAAAUUUCACGCGCAUUGAUAACACGACCUCCACAUGCGACGAUGGUUCACAGGGGGUACAGGUCAUGGCUCAAAACGAGGGUCUUAACAUCCUCGAUAUCAUUUGUACCGCAUAUUUUACUAUAGAAUUGGCAGUGAGAUUCGUGUUUGCACCAGAAAAAAUCAGGUUUGUUCGUUCUAUGAUGAAUAUCAUAGAUUUGUUAGCGUUAGUUCCUCUGUAUAUGCAGUUAGUGUUCAAUACUGAUCAUUUACAGUUCUGUUAUGUAAACGAACGAUUGAUGAUAGAAAUCAUGUUCGUUUUACGGAUCGUUCGAAUGUUCAGAAUUUUUCAUCUCGUGAAACAUUAUCAAGCGCUGAAGAUAUUAGUUUAUGCCCUCAAGGCCAGUGUACAGGAGCUGCUCAUGCUGGCUAUCUUUCUCAUCAUCGGCAUGCUUGUAUUUGCAUCCAUGAUUUACUAUGCAGAACGAAAGGACGCUGUUCAACCAAGCGAUAAGUUCAACACAAUUCCAAUGGGAUUUUGGUGGGCGCUUAUUACUAUGACUACGGUAGGGUACGGUGACAUAUUUCCUACUAAACCAAUCGGAUACGUUGUAGGGGCCGCUUGUGCUGUAAGUGGUGUAUUAAUGAUAGCACUUACCAUUCCUGUUAUAUCAAACAACUUCACGCUCUUCUAUACGCACGUGCGAUCACGUGGAACUAAGGAAGAGGAGCGCGAUAAGUACAGAACAAGCCAGAGCACGUGCGUGAAUAAUCCUUUCCGAGAAAAUUCCUUGCUCACGAAUUCGGAGGAGGAUGGAUACGGGACAAUUACGCUUGUAGACAACAAUAGGAUCCCAUCCCGCGAAUCUUACAUAGAGACAUACAUGAAUGGCCAUGCUACAAUUAAACAAUUCUCCGGAGACGAAUCGCCAAAUUUUAAAUAUUUCAAAAGUAUAAACGAAGCUUCGUCGUUAAAGGAUAUAGUUAUUCGAAACUCUGAUUUCGACCUGCAUAAAUCUAACAAAGCUCGAUCUGACGAUGGUGUCACCUAUUCAGAAGAAACAAUUUUAUAA